AGUGGACAGGUGAUGAAGAUUGUCAAAAUAGCAAUAUUUUGACGUUUUUUUGUAAAAUUCCGAUUGAUUUGACAUCAGGCUUAUCGAUUAGAACACAAAUGGUAUCUAAAUUAUUUGUUUUCCGAUCUACACUAGACAUAAAUCACUGUGCCUUCACUCCAAAACCAUUUCUUUGACCCUGUUGUUGAAGGUGAUCACCCCGACGAUGGAGCCCCGGAAAUAGCCCCGUCCGCCCCCUCACAACUAUGCUAAACUCAUGACAUAGCCCUGAAUUCACCGUUUGUCUACUCAGGUUAGCCAAAACCGUUAAAAUGAGCGAAAGCGAUGCGAAAUGGGCUUGUGAGUACUGUACAUACGAGAACUACCCCUCGUCCAUCAAGUGCACCAUGUGCCGGGGGCCCAAGCCCUUCGUCAGCGAGGACAUCUACCGGCUGCACGGCAGCGACGAGAAGCUGACGGCCGCGGGGCCCGCGAAGCGGAAGUGGACCUGUGAGGGCUGCUCUUUUGCCAAUCCGUUGCGGGAGCUGGUUUGCCAACAGUGCGGGGCUUCCCAGCAAGUCUCCGCCAAUAAUUUGCACGAGCAUAUACAGCCACUCAAGAUCUCGUCGCAGCAUUCCGAUCUGGCGCAGAGUCUCGCGCGCUCGAGGAACAACAGCCCCCCGACCAUCGCCAACUUGGAGAACUGUCGCAGGACGCAAGGGAAGUGGAUCUGUGUGUUGUGUACUUACGAAAACUGGCCGAAGUCGAAGAAAUGCGCAAUGUGCGGCGCCCCCAACAACUCUCUCCGUUCGCAAGCCUCCAGCCUCAUCUUGCCUUCCCCCGAGCGCGACAACGAAUCGGAGAAGAGCCCCAACAUCCUCGACUCCUCUCAGCCGCCCAACAACUGCGAAAACGAGCGCAAAGCCCGCCACCUCCGUCGCAACGCCGACUGGAACUGGCUGAACGCCUGCAUCGGCGUGAUCGAGGGCGACCCCAACCCCGUGGAGGCGUACCUCGCCUCCGGGGGCAACCCCGCCCGCACCCUCACCGCCUCCGAGGUGGCCAUCCUCAACAGAAGCUCGGCGUUCGACGUGGGCCACACGCUGGUGCACCUCGCCAUCCGGUUCCAGCGCGAGGACUUGCUGGCGGUGCUGUUGUCGCACAUCGAGGGCUCCGGCUCGGGGGUGAAGCGGGUGCCGAGCUAUGUGGCGCCCGAUCUGGCGGCGGACAUUCGGAGGCACUUUGCGGCCAGUCUGCGGCAGCGGAAGGGGAAUUUUCCGUGCAAUUUCGUGACGGAUUUUCCGACCUUCGCACUGCCGGCCGAGGUGGAGGAGUUGCCGGGGACGGUGCAAGAGCAGCUUUUCAACGAGCUGCUGGAUAAGGAUGCGCAGUGUCAGUUGGAGAGUGAACCGGCGGUUAUUAACUGGUCGUUGGAGUUGACGGUUCGGUUAGGGUCGAGGUUGUACGCGUUGUGGAAUCGAUCGGCCGGGGAUUGCCUCCUGGAUUCGGUCAUGCAGGCGACGUGGGGCGUCUUCGACAGGGACAACACCUUGAGGAGGGCCUUGGCGGAGAGUCUCACUCAGAGCGGACACAUGUUUUACCCCCGAUGGAAGGAGUACGAGGCAAGUCAGGCCUCCUUCCUCCAGUACUCCCUGGACGAGGCGCAGUGGGACGAGGACUGGACGAGUUUGUUGUCGCUGGCCAGCCAGCCGGGGACUAGUUUAGAACAAUUGCACGUUUUUACCUUAGCUCAUAUUUUGCGCCGCCCUAUAAUCGUAUACGGAGUGAAAUACGUGAAGAGUUUCCGCGGCGAGGCGCUCGGUUACGCCCGCUUCGAGGGCGUGUACUUGCCCCUGCUGUGGGAGCAGAGCUUCUGCGUACGCACACCCAUCGCCCUGGGCUACACCCGCGGCCACUUCUCGGCCCUGGUCCCGCUGGAGCCGUACAGCAGGCUAGACACGCGGCCGUCGCCCCAGCACUCGAACAUCGGCGCCGACCAGCUGCAGAGCACCUUCCUGCCGCUGAUGGACCGGGACCGGAAGCUGCUCCCCAUCCACUUCCUCACCGAAUCUGAGUUGGGCCGCGAAGAGACGAUCCUGCGCCAAUGGCUGGACGUGUGCGAGACGGAGGGCGGGAUCUUGGUGGCUCAACAGCUGCUGCACAAGCGCCCUCUGCUAGUUGCUCAAAUGGUCGAGGAAUGGCUGAACCACUACCGCCGCUUGAUUCAGAUGACGUCGGCUCCGUUCGCUCGACCAAUCCCCAUUCAGGAUUAUUUGAGCGAGUAUGACACCGACGACGAAUAGCGAAGGUUUAAAGGUCGUGUCGAAGCGACGCGAUGCGUAGACGGUGACUAGGUAUAGGUUAGGUUGAGCCGGAAUUGCACAGCGUCAGUAGUGGGAAUUGAUCUGAUUUAAAAUUAUUUGUUUUUACUUUUUGUUUCUCUUCAAGGGCAGAUUUCUUCCUCUUGCCUAUGCAGAUAUUGUAUAGAUUUUCCCGUGGGUAGGAUAUAUUUAUUUUUAUAGAUAGCUCAAGUACAAAUAAAUUGCUAAAAAUCUAUAUUUAUUUCACUGCGUGUGGGUUUGAAGGGAGCUGACGAACCCGUUUUUGUGAUGAUGUGCUUUAUUUUUAUUUUAUUUGUAUAUGGAAGAUGUUGGUUGGAUAUAUUAUUGUUCUGUUGGGUUGUUGAUAUCAUUUCUUGUUGUGCUGUGAAUUAUCUCAAUGCGGAAAUUUAUGCAAAUGUAUGGUUUUUAAUAACAAAUACAAAAAAGUCAAAUUACUUCUAACUUUUCUUAGAUAGAACAAGUUUCAAAAUAGAGUCUUAAAAUGUGAAAUACUUACGAAAUUUAUUAUACAUAAUUAUAUUGCAUUGUUAACACACUGUUAUAAAAAAUAUAUAUUAUAAAUAGAAAAUAAAGCGUUUAAAAUUAUUGCAUAA